UCAUUCUAGGUGAUUUUUGAAGGACCCAAAUCAAAUAUUACAGAUACCGUUACUAUUGCUAUUGAUGACAUUUCAUAUACUGAACAGGCUUGUGAGAAAGAUUCUAGAACAGUCAACUGUUCUUUCGAUUCUGACAUUUGUGGAUGGAGUUAUGAAAAUCAAAUUCCAAUGCAUUGGUUGAAAACAAGUAGCAUAAAUAAUCCAGUUCCUCCAUUUAAUAGUCCAGCAAAUGGACAUUCUUAUAUGUAUGCUAAGAAGCUGAUCAGAAACUAUAACAGAGGAGAGAAGGCAUCAUUGACAUCACCACCUAUACUCAAUAAUUCCCCAGGUGAGAAGUUCUGUCUCACCUUUGUGUACUACAUGUAUGGAGACCUAAUGGGCCAACUAAAUGUGUACAUAGUGAAGAAUGAUACAGUUGAUGCUCCUGUCUGGACCCGAUCUGGUAAUCAUGGAAACCGUUGGAUUCAAGCUUUCAUUCCAUUUUCACUUGACAUUGCUGGGAGGGUCAGGAUUGAAGCUGUGAACACAGAAGCUAAUUCCCAAGAUCCAAUAGCUCUUGAUAAUGUUGUGGUAAAACAUGGAUCUUGUGAUCAAAUAGAAGAAAACUCUGAAACAUUUGACUGUGACUUUUCGGGUGGUUUCUGUGGAUGGAGACAUUCAGGAUCAGUGGUUAAUGGAUGGAUGUUAAACAGUGGACCAACACCAAAUCGACAAAUAGGCAAAUUGUCAGGCCCAAGUAACGACUAUAAUGGGGAUGGGUGGUACGUGUUUGUUAACACAGAUGGAGCUGUGUUGAGUAGUCCAGUACAGAAAAACACAGGACCUAUGUGUCUUAGUCUUGCUUAUCACAUUUAUGGAGAUGGUCUAGAUACACUGCUUCUACGAAUAACACUUAAGGAAUUUGGAGAAAACACAAGUUCAGUCAUACUGUGGGAAGAAUGGGGUGACCAUGGUGAUCAGUGGCUAGUUACUCAAGUUACUGUCAAUCCAAAAGUGGAAAAUUCAAAAUAUCAGUUGCUGUUGGAAGGAAUCUUAGGAGCUAAACUCUUCACUUCCACAAGUGAUGCUGGAGACAUAGCUGUUGAUAAUGUAUCUAUUAUUCAUGGCUCCUGUAAGAUAGCUGAAGUGACAGAAUAUGAGAUCUUCCAAUGUGAUUUUGAAGAAUUUAACUGUGGAAUUCAGUUGGACUGGAAUACAGAAACUAUUUGGAUUCGAAGAAAAGGUCCAGCACUGGGCAGACCACAAAGUGGGCCAUUGUAUGACCAUACUACUGGUGAUGGUUGGUACUUGCAAACAAGGUCAGUUGAGAAAAAUGGAAAGAUCACUGCUCGUAUGUUCCUUCCACUCUUACAUAUUCCAUCAGUGGAAUCUUGUUGUUUGUCAUUCUGGUACCAUCAACAAGGAAAAGCUAUUGAUAACCUAGCUAUAUAUGUAGAUCAUGAAAAUGGAACUGAAGCCUCAAAGGUUAAAUGGAGUCAACAUCAUCAGAUUGGAAAUGUCUGGAACUAUGAAGAAGUAACUGUUUUUGGAGGAGAAAAACCUAUAAAGAUUUAUUUUGUUGGCCAGAGACUCCCGACAAGAGCAUAUACACAAGGAAUAAUUGGCAUAGAUGAUAUUAUUGUGAAACCUGGACCAUGUUCUUUUGAUUUUGAAGAAGAACAUUAUUGUGACUUUGAAAAAGGUCUUUGUGGGUGGACUAUUGUAUCAUCAUUUAUACGGGACCGUGGAGGAGUUGGAGAUCACACAUAUGAAAGUGGCUGGUAUAUGACCAUUGAAACUACAAACGUUUGGGCAAAGCUAGUCAGUCGCAGUUUCAUGAACAGUGUUGGACAGAAAAGAUGCUUCAGCUUCUGGAGAAACAUGCAGGGAAAUAACAUGGAAAAUGUGUUCAUGACAGUUGAGAUAACUAAACCUGUGAACAAAAAAGUCUGGUCUGACUUUAGUGGCCUUGGAAACAGGUGGCUGUAUGAUGAAGUAACAAUUGAAGCCACCGAAGAGGCAGAUAUUGAAAUAACUGUAAUGGGCUACCACCCUUCUGGAGGGCAAGUGCUUUUAGAUGAUGUAAAAAUCCAAAAGGGAGCCUGCACAGGAAGUAAGCAAGGUGUAAACUGCACUUUCGAUGAAGGGUCAUGUGGAUGGAUGAAUGAGUCACCGACCAGCACUGCUGGCCACUGGGUAAUCUACAGUGGUGCCACUCCUCAUCAUCGCUAUAACACUGGACCAGAGGCUGACCAUACCACUGGAGAUGGUUGGUAUGCCUAUUUUAAAAGUUUUCGGGGGCCUUCAUCUGCUGUUGCCGUCUUGAAAAGUCCAGAUGUAUUUGUGGGUCAUUUGUCAAGAACCAUGUGUAUAUCUUUCUAUUACCACAUGUAUGGUGUUGGAAAUGGACAUCUAUAUUUAUUGAUAAACAAGGGAAACACAGCCAAAACUGUAUGGGAAGUGUCUGGGAACCAAAAACAACUAUGGCGACGAGCAACUGUACCUAUAAUUGUCAGCAACAUAUUCAACCUAGCUUUCAAAGGUACACGUGCUUACACAAGCCCAAACUAUCCUAACAACUGGUACAAAUACUUGGAUGAAAUGGCUGUUGAUGAUGUCACUUUAACAGAUGGACCUUGCACCCAAGAGCUUCCCAGCAGCUGUGCCUCUCUCUACUAUUUGGGUGAAACCAGAAGUGGUGUCUACAAAAUCUGGCCUAAAGGUGUAACAGCCAGUGGAAAACGAAGUUUUGAGGUUUACUGCAACAUGGAUACUUUUGGAGGCGGGUGGACGGUGAUCCAGCGUAGAGGAGACUUUGGAGAACCUAGGGAGAACUUCCACAGGGAUUGGAAUGAGUACAAAAAUGGUUUUGGGCUCAUUGCCCAAGAAUUUUGGCUUGGCAAUGAAAACCUGUUCAUGCUGACCAAUCAGGAAUCUGUUGAACUUUUGGUUACUCUCUCAAUUAAUAAUAUUACGGUUCAGGCAAAGUACUUGACAUUCUUUAUUGACAGAGAAGUUGAGAACUACAGACUACAUGUCAGUGGUUACAGUGGAACAGCUGGUGACAGUUUAUCUUUCCACAACAAUAAGUACUUCUCCACAAAAGACUCUGACAAUGAUGGUUGGAGAGAACACUGCGCCCAGAAGUAUGAGUCGGGAUGGUGGUUUUCAUCCUGUCUUGAAGCCAAUUUGAAUGGUCGUUACUAUACGAAUGAAACUCCAGGAGAUCAACAAGGCAUCAUUUGGCAAAAUUUCAGUGGAGUUAAGCUGUCACUGAUGUCUGCAUCCAUGAUGAUCAGACCUGUGGACUUCCAAAUUUAACUUUCAUGACUUCUUUACUAAAACCAAAUCCAACAUUGAUGAAGAAAUCACUAGAAUGACAAUAGUUCUUUCACAACAACCAUGAUUUUUUAAAAUGUUUAGUACAGCUUUUCCAGAUGACACAAUUUCCUUGUUGAUUUUUGAUGAAUUAUUAACACUUGUAUCCAUAAGACAUAUUAUUGUAUUUUUUAGGCUUUUGAUGAUAUUGGAGUGAAUGAUCAGGAUGCAGUUCUUAAAAAGAAAAUGAGGUAAUUAUAACUGAUGGAUCAUUGAAGUAUCGUAGAGUCAAUAGACACUAUAUGUAGGGAUGGCCAAGGUACUCAUUAGGCAUAAUACAAAUAUGCACGCUAAAAAUCAACAAUGACAGAGAAUUUUACUUUAAAAGAUGAUUACCACUCACUUUCAUUUGUUUCUCUUCCCAACAAGACAAGAAACCAUCGCUAAGAUACUAAACCAGAAAGUGACCAACCUUCCAAAUUGUUCAUCUUUUUU